AUGAAACCCAAGGUGUCUAGUACCAAGGAUAUGCCAUAUCCCCCAGCCCCAAGCAAAAAGGAUAAAGAGAAGCAAUUUGCACGUUUCAUGGAGCUUUUUAAGAAGCUUCAGAUCAACAUUCCAUUCUUAGAGGCAUUGGAGCAGAUGCCCACUUAUGCAAAAUUCAUGAAAGACCUCUUGACAAAGAAGAGAAAGUUCAUUGAGCAGGAGACUAUUGAGUUGGAAGUGGGGUGUAGUGCCAUAAUUCAAAAGAACUUACCUCCCAAGUUCAAGGACCCUGGAAGCUUUACAAUUCCAAUCACUAUUGGGGACCUAUUAGUUGGAAGAGCACUGCUAGACUUGGGUGCAAGCAUUAAUCUCAUGCCCUUAUCUAUGUUAGAUAGAGUUGGACAGGUGGUAGUAAAACCAACCCGCAUGACUUUGCAACUAGCAGACCGGUCCAUCAAGUAUCCCUAUGGUGUCAUUGAAAACAUGCUAGUCAAAGUUGACAAAUUCACAUUUCUAGUUGAUUUUGUGGUUAUGGAUAUGGAAGAAGACUCUGUUAUUCCUAUUAUCUUGAGGAGGCCAUUUAUGAAGAUUGCACGAGCAAUCAUUGAUGUUGGGGAUGGUGAAUUAAAAUUGAGGGUCCAUGAUGAGGUGAUCACUUUUAAUGUAUUUGAAGCUAUGACCCAUCCGAAUGAUAAAGGUGCUUGUUUCCGAAUGGAUGUGCUAGAUGAGGUAGUGUGUGAGGCUACAAAGAAGCUGAAAAAAUCAGUUCCAGAUGAUGUACAGAUUCAUAAGCUAGGUGCUAUUUCAAUCCUGGUCACUUUUGCUGAAUUUGUUGUUCAUACAACAGACUUGUCUCAGUUUGAUACUGUUGUUCAAAAUGACUUCCAACUCUUAUUAAUUAGUAGAUAG